CCGACGGGACGCACUCCCGACUCGGAUAAACCCAUAAAUAACCCCUCCUUGCCCCCCCUACAAACGGAGUCUCCUCUUGAGCACCUUGGAAUUUAACGAGCAACCCCGGCAUGGAAUGAAGCGAGGCGAUUCGUGGCUCUUCUUCGCUGACGUUCCGGUAGCUGAUCGAUAGGAGAGGUUAUGAGACCACGGGGAGGGAAUGCGGAUUAAGGAGAGCCCUCCACACAACAUUGCCUGCCUCUCUUCCUCUUGCUCUGCACAGCAAGCAGCUGCAGCGGCAUAUUCGAACCAGCACGCCAACACUUACUUCCUGUAACCGAUAAGAUGGCGGCUCGGGAAGCGACUGGGCACAGCUUCCUGGUGACGUGCUGGCAGCCCGUUCUGAUCCUGAUGCUGGGCGCAGUGCUGUCUGCCUCUACCACUGGCUGCCCGUCCCGCUGUGAGUGCAACAUCCCAGAGCGCACCGUGAUGUGCCACCGCAAGAAGCUCAUGACAGUCCCCGAGGGAAUCCCCGCAGAAACCCGGCUGCUGGAUCUCAGCAAGAACCGCAUAAGAAGCAUCAACCCUGACGAGUUCGCCAUCUUUGCCAACCUGGAGCACUUGGAGCUCAGCGAGAACACGAUCUCCACGAUUGAACCCGGCGCAUUCAACAACCUUUUCGGUUUACGGACAUUGGGGCUCCGUAGCAACAAGCUUAAGCUGAUCCAGCUCGGGGUCUUCACGGGCCUGAGCAAUCUCACUGAGCUGGACAUAAGCGAGAACAAGAUCGUCAUCCUGCUGGACUAUAUGUUCCAGGAUUUGUACAACCUGCGUUCUUUGGAGGUGGGCGAUAACGACCUGGUUUUUAUCUCCCACCGCGCUUUUCAUGGCCUGAGUAGCCUUGAGCAUCUGAGUCUUGAGAAGUGCAACCUGUCCUCUGUGCCAACAGAGGCCUUUACCCACCUGCACAGUCUGAUCACACUUAGGCUGCACCACCUCAACAUCAAUAUCAUACGGGAUUACUCAUUUAAACGUCUCUUUAGGCUCAAAGUGUUGGAGAUUGCCAAUUGGCCAUAUUUGGAUACAAUGACCCCAAAUUGCUUGUAUGGAUUAAACCUGACCUCCCUGACCAUAGCAAAUGCUAACCUGACCACCAUUCCUUACAUCGCCCUAAGGCACUUGGUAUACUUGCGUUUUCUUAAUCUUUCCUAUAACCCGAUCCAUACCAUUGAUGGAAAUAAGCUCCACGAUCUUCUGCGUCUUCAGGAGUUUCACCUGGUUGGAGGGCGACUGGCCAUGAUUGAGCCCUACUCAUUCCGGGGUCUCAAUUACCUGAAGAUUCUCAAUGUGUCUGGGAACUCCCUGACUACUUUAGAGGAGUCCGCAUUCCAUUCAGUAGGCAAUCUGGAGACUCUGGCCUUGUAUGACAAUCCCCUGGCCUGCGACUGUCGCUUGUUGUGGGUUUUCCGGCGACGCUGGAGACUCAACUUCAACCGGCAGCAGCCCACCUGCGCCUCCCCUGAAUUUGUCCAAGGCAAAGAGUUUAAGGACUUCCCGGAUGUCCUGCAACCCAACUACUUCAUCUGUCGCAAGUCCAGGAUUAGGGAUCGCAAACCGCAGCAGCAGUUUGUCGACGAGGGAGCCAUCGUUCACUUCGCUUGCGAGGCGGACGGCGAUCCGGCUCCGGUGAUCAUGUGGCUCUCCCCGCAGAAGAAGUUAAUCACCACCAAAACAAUCGGAAGGAUCUCUGUGUUGCCAGAUGGUACCCUUGAGGUCCGCUACGCUCAGAUUCAGGACAAUGGAACUUACAUGUGUAUAGCAAGCAACGCGGGGGGAAAUGACACCACUGUGGCUCACUUGCACAUUCACAGCUACUCGCCUGAUUGGCCAUACCAGCCCAACAAGACUUUUGCUUUCAUCUCGAACCAGCCUGCAGAAACUGGUGCUAACGACACGCGAGCCAAUGUCCCUUUCCCCUUCGAUAUAAAGACGUUGAUCAUUGCGACCACAAUGGGCUUCAUUUCCUUUCUGGGCGUCGUCUUGUUUUGCCUGGUGCUGCUCUUCCUUUGGAGCAGAGGCAAAGGCAACACAAAGCACAACAUCGAGAUCGAGUAUGUGCCGCGCAAAUCGGACGCUGGCAUGAGCAGCAGCACGGUGGACGCUCCCCGCAAGUUUAACAUGAAAAUGAUUUAAAGAAGCGGCCCUUGAAAGGAAUUUUAAAAAAAAAUGGUCAAGUAGACAUUGUUGAGUACUAAGUACUGGAUCCUGGUGUGUUCACAUGGAGAAUGACUUAAGAACUUUAGAAGGGCAGUCGCUGACUUUCAAAUGAGAGGCAAUGAAAGCAUGCCCACCGCAGAAAGGCAUUAGUGAGGUCUAUAUGGCUCCUGGGCUGAUUUUAUUGAAAGUCAUGUUAGUCAUAAAACGUUCAUGUUCCUGUGGAUCUAUACCCGUCCAAGCUGCCAGAAUGCAAGAGGUAGAUUGUGUGGCCACUGCUGUUUUGUGUCUGUGUUUCUUUUAUUUUAAUUUGCACCUCCCACCCCCACACCCUGAGGCAACAUGCCAAGUUAUGAAUGAUGUCAGUAUGGGAUGAAACACAGAUGACGCAUUUGAAGUUCAAAAUCAAUACAUUUAAUCUGAUCAGUGUUUGAACUGUGAUUCUUUUGUCCUACUUUAUGAUUUUGACCGUUAAUAGUCUGAUUCAUCAGUGUCACACCCAUUGAUCAGAAAUUCCCUCAUGAGUAAAGUACAUGUCAGAAGAAGAGGACACAUUGUUUGGAUAUUAGUAUGAAAAGAAAUUGGAAUUGAUGCACAAAGGGAAUUUGGAAAAAAAAAAAAUUUCAUUUGGAAAUAGCAAGAUGGAUCUUUAUGGGAAAGCAACAUUUUGGCAAAUUUUUACAAACAAGUACACAUGCAAAAAAAAAAAAAAACUAAAAUUUGAAUAAAUAUUGAUUAUAUUUUUGUCUUUGAACAUGAAAAUGUAUUGGUCUUUUUUAAUUAACAUGUUUUAAUUACUUAAUUACAAUUCAUCACCAUAGAAAAAUUCCAGCUACCGAAAGUUUUAGAAUGUUACAACUCUUAAGGUACAAUACCAAAAUUCCCCCCCACCCCCAAAAAGCACAAAACAUUCUGGACAUAUUGAGAGAUUUGAGAUUCAGUACAGGAAUAACAAAUUUUAUUGUACUUAUCGUCCUACUCAUAACAUUCUUUUUUAGGAAAGGCCAAAAAAAAGCAAUUUUUAAAAUCUGUUUAAUGGGAAUAAAUAAAAAAAAAAUAAAGCUGCUAUAAGAACAACUGUUAUUUUGAUUACACACCACUGAUGAUCAAAUUUAUGUUACAAUGUAACAG